CAAAAAUUGAGAAAUUAUGAGUUUUACAAAAUCAGUUCCAAUUUUACUAAUUUUAUUCAUGGUUCACUGGAUUGCAGCUGAUCAAGAUUGUUGCAAUUUCCUUGGUUGUUGGUGCGAUGGUUGAGGUUGAAUUUACUUAAAAAAUCUGAAUCUUAACGUUUCAGGAUCUAACUUUACAAAAACAACAAAAAACAUUUAAAAAUGGA